GGGUUAUCUCUAGGGUGUUAUCUCUCUUCUUGACCGUUGUGGGACGUCUCCAACCUCGGCUCAGUUCUGCGCAGAGACUAACUAGCGUCGGGGCUUUUGGGAGAAGCAUUUUGGGAUCUCCCGAACGUAAAAGAUAAACAUACAAUUCCUUCAAAAUGACAAUAUUAGUGUUAUGAGAAUAGUGACUAAACUGAAGUGCAUAGAUAAAUUAGUGAUCAAUGCCCUAGUCCCCUAAAUCGUAUAGAAAAAGAAAAAGAAUAAGCCCGUAUCCCUCAAACACACAGAGAGGACCUACCUGAAGAAGAGAAAAACAAAACAUACGGUCCUACUGCUUCCCUCCCCUUCUUGCCCACCUGCCGCCGCCAUGGGACUCAUGGUGAAGGCCUCCUCCCUCCUGACGGUGCUCCUGGCCCUCAUAGCGUCCUCGGGAGCUGUUCAAAAGUCCUAUUUCUACAAGUUCGGUCAGGACGCGGGGGAUAGGAGCCUCCCUCCCUUCGACGACAUCUCAUCCCCUGAAAUCAACCUGAGGGUGCCAAUCAUCUUCUUUGAACAAGUCUACAAUUCUAUAUUCGUGAACAGCAAUGGCUUCGUGUCCUUCUUAACCGAAAUCCCUCAGUUCUUCAACAUCCAAUUUCCUCUUGAAUAUCCGAUGAUCGCGCCCCUUUAUUCGGAUGUCGACGCUCGGGAGGCAGGCAGCAUCUGGUACAGAGAAACCUCCGAUCCGUCGACGGUGUCUCGGGCCAGUCGGGAACUUCGUCAGCAGUUCGCCAGCGCCGAAAGCUUCUCUCCCUCGGGCGUCUUCAUCGUGACCUGGGACGGGGUCGGACCCUACAGCCAGCGGAAGGACAGGAUCAACACCUACCAGCUGGUAAUCUCCACAGACGGCAAGGAGUCCUACGUCAUGUUCCACUAUGCCGAGGGGGGCAUCCAGUGGCUCCAGGGCGAUGGCAAGAACCCCAAUAUGCCCGAUGCCAGAUGCCAGGCCGGUCUCAUCUCGGGGGACGGUCGGUUUUCCACUCUUAAGGGCUCCGGGACCGACCAAGUCAGGAAUCUGGAUAAGUGGAGCAACAGCGGAACCCCCGGCGUGUGGAUGUUCCGCGUCGGCCAGCUCGCCCUCGACCAGACCGCGCUCCCGCCCGACCUCGGCGCGGCGGACCUGAGUGGCACUCGAACCAAGGACGAGCCCGGUUCCUGCGCCUUGGAUGGCUCGGUGUGCCACUCCCACUCCGAGUGCACCGACUACACUCAGGGCUUCUGCUGCAGCUGCGUCGAUACCCACUUCGGCAACGGACUCAACUGUCUCUCAACGCCUUCCCUUCCUCCCUCCAGACGACCUCUCCGCGUCACCGGCAAAGUCCUCGGCAAAAUCAACGGCGUGGAGCUCGUCGACGCCGACCUCCACUCCUACGUGCUGACCGCCGAGGGCCGGACGUACACGGCCAUCUCCCGCGUGCCGUCGGCCAUAGGCUACGACAUCCAGAGUAUGACAGCGCUGGGUGUUGGAGUGGCGUGGCUCUUCGCCAAGUCCGUAGGAGAGGCUCCCAAUGGGUUCUCCGUCACAGGUGCCAACUUCAACAGAACAACAGACGUGAACUUCCCACAGACAGGUCAUCACGUGGUGGUCCAGCAACAUUUCAUGGGGUUAGAUGUCUUCAACAACAUCCAGGUCAAGACGAGCAUCACAGGGUCAAUACCCACUGUCCCCCUUGGCUCUAAGAUUGAGAUGGAUGCCUUCAGUGAGGAGUAUACACGGGUCAAGCCAGGUCAGCUCCGGGCGAGGUCAAGCCGGGUCUUCCGCCUCAAAGGUCAGACUAUUGACACCCCGUUCAGCGUGGAAACGACCUUGGACUACGACGAGUGUGACUGGGAAGCCUCGAACGCCCUCGAAGAUGGAGACUGUGUGGCAGAGAACAUCUUUAUUCAAUAUGACGCUCCGGAACAGAUCGUUCGUUAUGCUCUCUCGGCCAAAGUUGCGCCUCUGAUGAACCCGACCCCUGUGUUGAAGGGAGGAGAGAGUGCGGCCAGAACAGCCAGUGUGUUGUUGAUGGAGAUAAUUACAGCAACCCAGAACCCGAGUGCCUCUUCGGUGUGUUUGGGUGUCCAGAAGCUUACCAGUACGACAACGACCGCAAUCUGUGUGUGGAUGGAUCGAGACAACCGCGAUUUCCCCACUCCGGGUAAGAGAGUUACGGCCCCAAACCCCACUGUAGCGCAGCCAAGUGCGUGUCCCGAAGGAUACUCCUACAACACAAUUUUCGAGACCUGUGAACCGAACGAAAUAGUCCCGUGCGACAAGAUAAAUAACUGCCACAGCAACGCACAGUGUAUCUACGAUGGUUACAGUGAGCAGUAUAGGUGUCAGUGUAACGCUGGCUAUGACGGUGACGGCUACUUUUGUAACGAGCUGGAUGUCUCCUGUGACACGGUGGACAUCUGCCACAUCCACGCCCAGUGUGUCUACGACGACUACGAGCUCAAACACGUGUGUGUCUGUCUGCCGGGCUACCAGGGUGAUGGCCUCGUGUGCACUCCGCUAGAUCAGUGUAGCAGCGUCCAGGACUGUGACGUCAACGCCCAGUGCCUCUACGACAGUGCCAGUAGACGGUACAAGUGCCAGUGCAACGAGGGUUAUGAAGGCGAUGGCACUUCUUGUUCUCCCAAAAGAGAGGCAAGUUGCAAUAUCAUCAACAAUUGUGACGUCAAUGCCAACUGUAUUUAUGACUCUUAUGCGCUGGCUCAUCGGUGCCAGUGCCGGUCUGGCUUUGAAGGAGAUGGCACCUUCUGUACAGCCACCGAGGUUGGUUGCAACGUGGUUUACAAUUGCGGCGACAAUGCAGAGUGCGCUUACGACAUCAACGUGUCUGGUUAUCGGUGCUCUUGCAGGGAGGGCUUCGAAGGCGACGGAUACUUCUGCCGGUCGUCCAGGUCGUGCCAGCUGGAUCCCUCUGUCUGCCACCCUCAGGCCUCGUGUGUGCCUGACGCCCUCUCCCCCUUCGGCUACUCCUGCAGGUGUCGCUCUGGCUACACGGGGGACGGAUACAACUGCCAAGAGGCUCCGGACCACGAGAAGAACCUGCUGCUCAUCAACCAGGGUCUGUCUGUUCUGCGCAUGCCCGCUGACCCUCGUGGCGGUGGCGGAUUCCCGAUCCACGUCGAGCCCUUCAUGACCGCAGUCGGAGCGGACGUGGACUGCCUGGAAGGGAAGUACUACUGGACGGACGUCGGCUCGUCGUCCAUCAGGUCAUCGAAGUACGACGGUUCGGAGCGAAAGCCAGUCGUGUCAGGAGUUGACAUCGGUUCACCCGAAGACGUGGCAGUUGACUGGAUCUCUGGGAACGUCUACUGGACGGAUUCGGUGAAUGACAUCGUCGCUGUGGCUUCUAUUGAAACAGGAAAACGCAAGACGAUUAUUGAAAGUGGUCUGGUCAAUCCGCGUGGCAUUGCUAUACAUCCAGGUCGCGGCCUCCUGUUCUGGAGCGACUGGAACCGCUUCGGACCCAAGAUCGAGGUUUCGGGUCUGGACGGGUCGAACCGCCGGGUGCUGGUCGAGAGGGACAUCUCGCUCCCCAAUUCCCUCGUGGUUGACUACGACACCCAGACGCUAUGCUGGGCCGACGCCGGGACCCACAAGAUAGAGUGCAUCGGCGUGGAGGGCAGUGGGCGUCGGACGGUGAUGGAGGGCGCCCUCUACCCCUUCGGCCUCACCACCCUCGGCCAGGACUUCUUCUACACGGACUGGAACGACACGAGGAUCCACGUGGUGAACCGAUACUCCGGCAUCGAGUCCCCCUCCCGCCCCCCUCCCCCCGGUGGGUCAGGGAGGCUGUACGGCAUCGCGGCGGUUCCUCACGCUUGUCCUCCAGUGUCGAACGUCUGCGGAGAUAGUCGUGGCGGCUGCCUACGACCCACCUGUGUCUACCCAAUGGGCGUGGUGGGCGUACGUGUGCUUGUCCGACACACCCACCCACUGGCGAUGACGACCAGUGUGUCGACUACAACUACUAAGUGUUUCCCAGGCUCCAGCUGUUGAAAGGGGCGACGUGUUAAACACCACUUGGGUGUUUAUAGGCGUAGACACCACUUGGAACGAGAAAAAAGGA